AUGGCUUCUACUACCAAGCGCGCCGAUUUCGAGGCCAUUUUCCCUGCAUUGGCCCAAGAUCUCCUCGCCCAUGCCAAGCGCUACAACCUCCCUGACAAUGCGCUUGCGUGGUUCGAGAAGUCCCUCAAUGUCAAUGUUCCCGGCGGUAAGCUCAACCGUGGCCUCUCGGUCCCUGACACCGGCCUUGCUCUCCUGAAGCAGCCCCUGACCGAGGAGCAAUUCGAGCACCUCAGCAUCCUUGGUUGGAUGACUGAGUUGCUCCAGGCCUUCUUCCUGGUCAGCGAUGACAUGAUGGAUUCCUCAAUCACCCGUCGUGGCCAGCCCUGCUGGUACCGCCACGAGGGUGUCGGCCACAUCGCGAUCAACGACGCCUUCAUGCUGGAGGCCGGUAUCUACCUCAUCCUGAAGCAGCGCUUCCGCUCACACCCCGCCUACAUUGAUAUUGUCGAGCUCUUCCACGAGACCACCUGGCAGACUGAGCUGGGUCAGCUUUGUGACCUCAUCACUGCCCCCGAGGACAACGUCAACCUCGACAACUUCUCCAUGGAGAAGUACAUGUUCAUUGUCACCUACAAGACAGCCUACUACAGCUUCUACCUACCUGUCGCUUUGGCUCUUAUGUACCUGCAGCUGGCUACCGAGGAAAACCUCAAGCAGGCCCACGACAUCCUCAUUCCUCUGGGUCAGUACUUCCAGAUCCAGGAUGAUUACCUCGACAACUUCGGUGACCCAUCUGUCAUUGGCAAGAUUGGUACCGAUAUUCAGGACAACAAGUGCUCUUGGCUCGUUAACCAGGCCAUCCAGCGCUGCACUCCCGAGCAGCGUCAGCUCCUGGAUGCUUCCUACGGCCGCAAGGACGCUGCUGAGGAGGCCAAGGUCAAGGCCCUUUUCAACGAGCUUCAGCUGGAGAAGGUGUACAAGGAGUACGAGGACAAGGUUGUUGGCGAGCUGCGCGAUAAGAUUGCGGCCGUCGAUGAGUCUAAGGGUCUGAAGAAGGAAGUGUUCGAGGCUUUCCUUGGCAAGAUCUACAAGCGCACUAAAUAG